GGUUAGACGAAAGACCGCUAAAACCACCAGCAUGUGUACAGGCGCAUCCGCGAGUGAAGAUUAGAAAUUAGGAUUAUAGGCUUUUCUUGAAGGGAAAUAAUCUGUGUUUGUAGCAUAACCAUCGAGGAUCGACCGGUAAUUCGAUAGGGCAAAGGUACGCGUGCCAAUAACCGAAACAACGGCGAGCCUGUGAUUCCGGGUACUGAGACCGAGCCACCAUUUUCCGUGUUGCGAAUAAAGGCUUUGUGAACGGAGUAUUCCGGCAAACGGCACUGUAGCUCCUGCAUCGUGUCUCGUAACAUUUCCAUCCGGUAUAAUAAGUUUAGCUGGUCAUUUCGAAGCAAAGCAAUGGCAAAUUCAAGCACCGACGUACCGAUGGAAUCUGUCGACCCGACAGGCCCGGCAUCUGGAGCACUGAGCCCGAAUACAGUGAAUGGCAAUGGGAACGAUCUUGCCACUAAUGCAGAGGAUAUGACUUCGAGAGACUACUACUUCGAUUCAUAUGCACAUUUUGGCAUCCACGAGGAAAUGCUGAAGGACGAGGUGCGAACGCUGACCUACCGGAACGCGAUGUACCACAAUAAGCAUCUGUUCAAGGGUAAAGUGGUGCUGGACAUUGGCUGCGGAACAGGCAUUCUGUCGAUGUUCGCUGCGAAAGCCGGCGCAGCGAAGGUGAUUGCGAUCGAGUGCUCGAACAUUAUCGACCAUGCACAAAAGAUCAUCGAGGACAACAAUCUUCAGGACACCAUCACGCUGGUGAAAGGCAAGGUGGAGGAAGUGACGCUGCCUGAAGGGUACGAUCACGUCGACAUCAUAAUCUCGGAAUGGAUGGGCUAUUGUCUGUUCUACGAGUCUAUGCUGGAUACCGUCAUUCACGCCAGAGACAAGUGGCUCAAGAAGGACACGGGGAUGAUGUUCCCGGAUCGGUGUACUUUGUUCGUGACAGCGAUCGAAGAUCGACAGUAUAAGGACGAGAAGAUUAAUUGGUGGGAUGACGUAUACGGGUUCAACAUGAGCUCGAUCCGUAAGGUAGCGAUCAGCGAGCCGCUGGUGGAUGUUGUUGAUCCAAAACAGGUCGUCACAACUGCGUAUAUGAUCAAGGAGAUCGACUUGUACACGGUGAAGAAGGAGGACUUGGAGUUCGAAUCUUCGUUCCAUCUCAUGGUGAAGCGUAACGAUUUCGUGCAAGCGUUGGUGACGUACUUCAACGUUGAAUUUACGAAGUGCCACAAACGGCUCGCAUUCAGCACGGCUCCGGAUGCGGCGUACACACACUGGAAGCAGACGGUGUUCUACUUCGAUGACUAUCUGACGGUUAAGAAGGGCGAGGAAAUUUACGGCACGUUCAAGAUGAAGCCGAACGUGCGUAACAACAGGGAUCUCGAUUUCACCAUCGAUUUGCACUUCAAGGGCGAGUUGUCUCAGGUGGACGAAAAAAAUCAGUACCGAAUGCGCUAAAGGAGCGGGAGCAUGUGCCUCCAAACAGUCAUCAUAUAACCCCACCACCACCUUUUAAGGCCCAACAACAUCUCUUAAAUAUCGUCGUUCGCGAGUGUCCAAAGCGAUCACCAGAGAUCCACAGAUUACGACAGAUCCAAUUGGUUACGCGAUAAUAGUAUCUAGCAUUAUAACAAACCAUUGCAUGCAUUGUUCAACGAAUUGGUGAUUCAUUCCACCCGAGAAAUGUUUUACCGUGUGAAAUAUGAUUAUUUUAAUAUUCGUUAACAAAUAUCGAUCCGGAUGUAUUAUGCGUCUACUGGACAUUCAUGGGUCGUUUUAUGUUAUCCAAAAAAACCAUAGGUUGACUCAUAAGUACACAUGUAUCUGCAGCAUGUAGCAAAUGUGAAAAAAUAACUAGGCAUGAACAACGGUUAGUAGUAUGAAUAUACGAACGAACUAUCU